CUAGCUUACUGAUUGCAGUUUUAAGUGACAAAAAACGAGUAAAUACAGCACAGAAAAUGACAGUCGGUUCCAAUCUGUGGUAUUCACAGAGACGAAUCAUAUUGAAAAACGGGUUUGUUUUGUGUUCAUACGCCGUUUAAAAAACGGGAGUUUUAGCCGAUAAGUGGGAUGACGCAGGAUUUUUCCCUGAGCGUUUAAGUUUACUGCCGUUGACACAAGCAGCCCCUCCGCCCGGAGGAGGAGGAGGAGGAGAAGACGGGGAGGAGAGGGGCAAAUCCGAGUCACAAGACUUCCCUACUGAGCCGCACCGCCGCGUUUUCAUCCCGAAGCCUCAAGUAAGGCCAAAAACUUUUCAUACUCUCUUGUUAGCCGAGGGCAGCGGUAGAAAACGGGUUAGCCCGCGGAGGGUUAUAUGUGCUCGCCCGGUGCAAAGCGCUUAUUAAAGCCGAGCUAAUGCGGUCCAUGAGCUCCGCUGCUGCCGCCGAGGUUAGACGGCUUGUUCUGGCAGCUCGACCGCAGAGAUGGUGAAAAAGUCAGCGGAAGCGGGUUCACUAAACUUCCCCUUUUUUUACAGAAACUAACCAGUCAGCUCCGGGCGAGGGGAGUGCACAACCAGGGGGAGUUUAUAAGAGCAGACUGCCUCCUGUUUCUGAACAAUAUUCUGGGUGGAAAUAUAACAAUACAAAAAAAAAAAACUAAAUACACACAUCGGCUUUCAGAGCCAAUGUUCCGGUUUGUGGCGAGCUUGUAUCGGAAUUAUGCCCUCGGCGUGGAUGGAGCCUCCGGAGGCAUGGAAAACCCCGGAUACAGCAGCGGCAGCUUCGACGGCCUCCAUCACCCCGGCGCCGGCGGCGACGACGACGAUGACGAGAUGGUGGACAUCGCGGGCGCCACGCUGGACUUUUCCACGACGGACGACGUCCCCCCUCUGAGCUCAGGAGGCUACGAUGAGUACAGCGUCAGCAGCGUCAGCAGCAGCAGAGCCGGCGCUAUGAACGGGAGCGGCCCCACCAGGCUGGUGGACCCUUUGGAAGACCCGCUGCCCGGAGUGGGCACCUAUGAAGACUUCAACACCAUCGACUGGGUCAGGGAGAAGAGCAAGGACCGCGACCGACACCGAGAGAUCACCAAUAAGAGCCGGGAGUCGACCAUGGCACUGCUGCACAGUGUCAGCGACGCUUUCUCUGGAUGGCUGCUCAUGCUGCUGGUGGGACUCAUGGCAGGCGCCCUCGCUGGCGGCAUCGACAUCGCCGCUCACUGGAUGACGGACCUGAAGGAAGGGGUGUGUCUCAUCGGCUUCUGGUUCAACCACGAGCACUGCUGCUGGACGUCCAACGAGACGACUUUCCAGGAGAGGGACCAGUGUCCGCAGUGGCAGAGCUGGGCUGAGCUCAUAGUGGGAACCUCCAAGGGUCCGUUUGCCUACAUCGUGAACUACCUGAUGUACAUAUUUUGGGCUCUGCUCUUCGCGUUCUUGGCCGUGACGCUGGUCAGGGCCUUUGCUCCGUAUGCCUGUGGAUCAGGAAUACCCGAGAUUAAAACGAUCCUAAGUGGGUUCAUCAUUCGCGGCUACCUGGGAAAGUGGACCCUGAUCAUAAAGACCAUCACUCUGGUCCUAGCUGUCUCCUCUGGGCUCAGUUUGGGGAAGGAGGGUCCUCUGGUGCACGUGGCCUGCUGCUGUGCCAACAUACUCUGCCAUCUGUUCACCAAGUACCGCAAGAACGAGGCCAAGAGGCGAGAGGUUUUAUCAGCAGCAGCAGCAGUCGGAGUCUCCGUGGCUUUUGGUGCUCCCAUAGGAGGGGUUCUGUUCAGUCUGGAGGAGGUGAGCUAUUACUUCCCGCUGAAGACCCUGUGGCGCUCCUUCUUCGCUGCCCUGGUGGCCGCCUUCACCCUGCGCUCCAUCAACCCGUUCGGAAACAGCCGCCUGGUGCUGUUCUACGUGGAGUUUCACGCCCCCUGGCACCUGGUGGAGCUGGCUCCUUUCAUCCUGCUGGGGAUAUUCGGAGGCCUCUGGGGGGCGCUGUUCAUCAAGGCCAACAUCGCAUGGUGCAGGACACGGAAAACCACUCGGCUGGGGCACUACCCCGUCAUCGAGGUGCUGGUUGUUACCGCGGUGACCGCCCUGCUCGCCUUCCCCAACAGCUACACCAGAAUGAGCGGAGCGGAGCUCAUCUCCGAGCUCUUCAAUGACUGCUCCCUGCUGGACUCGUCUCAGCUGUGUGGCUACAAGCAGCCGGUCAACACAUCAGAAGCGGGCGUGGACAACAGCCUCGCUGACCGGCCCGCAGGGCAAGGCCUCUACACAGCGUUGUGGCAGCUGGCCCUGGCCCUGAUCUUUAAGAUGCUGAUCACCGUGAUCACCUUCGGCAUGAAGGUUCCCUCUGGCCUCUUCAUCCCCAGCAUGGCAGUGGGAGCCAUAGCCGGCAGACUGCUGGGUGUGGGCAUGGAGCAGCUGGCUUACUACAACCACGACUCGCUCAUCUUCAGAGGAUGGUGCUCCCCAGGAGCGGACUGCAUCACGCCGGGGCUUUACGCCAUGGUCGGAGCUGCUGCUUGUUUAGGUGGGGUGACCAGAAUGACUGUGUCUCUUGUGGUCAUCAUGUUUGAGCUGACGGGCGGUUUAGAGUACAUCGUUCCCCUCAUGGCUGCGACCAUGACCAGCAAAUGGGUGGCAGAUGCCUUAGGAAGAGAGGGCAUUUAUGAGGCUCACAUAAGGCUGAACGGCUACCCGUUCCUGGAGCCGAAAGAAGAGUUUGAGCACAGCAGCCUGGCCGUGGACGUGAUGCGGCCGAGGCGGGGGGACCCGGCUCUGGCUGUGCUCACACAGGAUGGCAUGACUGUAGGGGAGGUGGAGACCCUAGUAGAGAGCACUCACUACAGCGGCUUCCCCGUGGUCGUCUCGCAGGAGUCCCAAAGGCUGGUGGGCUUUGUGCUCAGAAGAGACGUGCUCAUAUCAAUAGAUAACGCCCGGAAGCGUCAGGACGGCAUCGUCAGCGCCUCCCAGGUGGUCUUCACAGAGCACACCCCCGCUCAGCCGCCUGAAGCGCCCCCUCCCCUCCGCCUCAGAGGGAUCAUGGACCUCAGUCCCUUCACGGUCACCGACCACACACCCAUGGACAUCACUGUGGACAUUUUCAGGAAACUAGGGCUUCGCCAGUGUCUGGUCACACAUAAUGGGAGGCUGCUGGGAAUCAUCACUAAAAAGGACAUCCUGAAACACAUGGCGCAGAUGGCCAACAGAGACCCCGACUCCAUCCUCUUCAACUGAACUCCUCCGCGGGGCGGGACAGAGGACGGACACCGGCGCGGACACUCGGCUCGCACCUUUACCUCUCCACCUCUCCUCCUGAAAGCAGACAUUCAGCGUUCAUUUGCACAAACCGGCUGUGGUCAGCGGAGCUUAAAUUCCUGUGAUGUUUGAGGCCUUUUUUUUUUUGGGUCUGGAGAAGAGAGCGGGCCGAUGAAGUAAAACGCUGUGGGUAACAAUGACUCACCCGGAGCGUGGUGGGUGUGGGCGACUAGUUCACAUGUGCUCCUUUUGGCACUUUGCUUUCUCCUCGUUUUCUCGUAUUUCACGGGGGAAAAAAUCAAAGACGUCUGGAAUCUGCCACUCAAAUCUCUCCCCUCCGUUUCACCUGAGACCGAGGGGGAGGUGGGAGGAGAUAAUCCUCCGUGACGGACACCGAGAGGAGACGAGGCGAAGCGAGGGAAAACUAAAAAUAAGUGGGAGAAAAGAAGACAGAGAAAGUUAGGGAAACUCUGCGAAUGUCCUCGAGCUGUCUCGGCGAGUCCGGACAGAGCGCUGUUCUGCGGGAACAGCGGAUGCACCGACGUCUUCCUCCUGGGAGGACAGAGGCAGGGGGCUGAGACAGAUCACAUACCUACACUCCAAUAACGACAUAGACGACAGCCUGGGAACUCCCCCCCCAGAAAUGUCUCUUAUUGUGUCCUCACUACUUGAGACUGGUGAAAGCCUGGGAACUACGUGGCGUCGACCCACCAGCUUCAGACCAUCAGAACCAUCCCAAACACCGCGUCGGGCUUUAUGGGAGCGUGAAGCGUCCCCGGGCGGCAGCAGAAGGGCUUAAACAAUCAUGACACAUCGAUUAAUUUAAUGUCAAAUUGUUGAUCCCACUAAAUUAUUACACUGAUUGAAAUGA